AUGGCUCCUACCACGGAACAGAAACUCAAGGCCGAGUUCCCAGACUUAAAGUUCACCAAACUAGUAUCGGUCACUGAUGCAGACUUUUUCCACUACCCGGGAUUUCAGCCCGGCACAACCACGAUUCCCAAAGGCCAUGUCAAGGAGCCUGGUCGCAGAGCGUUCCCUCACGACGUAGCCUUUGACCAAGACGUGGUCAUUACGUUGCGAGAUGGGGUCAAGAUUUACACAGAUGUGUUCCGGCCCGUGGACUCACACACAGUGAGGGUCCCAGCACUGAUCCCGUGGAGUCCCUACGGCAAGUCCGGUACAGGGCCGCAGCAGUAUGAUGUUAUGGGCCCAUACCGAUGCGGAGUGCCAGCUGAGACGACGUCGGGGUACGAGAAAUUCGAGGGUCCCGACCCUGCCGAGUGGUGCGGCAGAGGCUACGCCAUCGUCAGCGUUGACCCUCGUGGAACCGGCAUGUCCGAGGGCGACACUUACUGGUUUGGCAUCCAGGAAGCAGAGGAUGUCUACGACACCAUCGAAUGGGCAUCCAAGCAGCCGUGGUGCGAUGGCUCUGUGGCCAUGAUGGGCAACUCGUGGCUGGCUGUUGCCCAGAUCAAUUAUGCCUCCCGUCUCAAGCAUCCAGCCCUUAAAGCGCUUGCUCCAAUGGAGGCUUUCAGCGACCCAUACCGUGACUGUGUCGCUCGUGGCGGCAAGCCACACCACAGGGAAUUCUUCGACCUAAUCAUGGGGGGCUUUGCGGGACCCAACUCGGUCGAGGACAUGUCCGGCAUGCUCAAAAACCGACCGCUAUUUGACGAUUACUGGCAGAGCAAGUACAUAGAUACUGCCAACAUCGAUGUGCCGCUUUACUUGACGGCGUCUUACUCCUCAGGACUCCACGUUGCUGGCUCAUUCAAUACCUUCCGCGUUGCCAAGAGCACGCAAAAGUGGCUGCGCGUUCACCCGCACCAGGAGUGGUAUGACCUUUAUCGGCCUGAGAUCACAGACGAGCUUCAGCGGUACUUUGACAGGUUUGUCAAGGGUAUUGGUAAUGGUUGGGAGCGUGAUAUUCCGCCAGUCCGCUUGUCUCUCAUAGGCUUUGACGGCAGUCCAGCAAAGACGAUCAUCGAGCGGCCGGAGCAGGAGUACCCACUCGCACGGCAAAGGCUGGUAACGUAUUACCUAGACGCAGCCAGCAACAGCCUGGUUGAGGAGAAUCCCCAACAAUUGUCACAGGCACAGCACAACUCGCACCAUCUGGAGGACUCCACAGACUUUACGCUGUACUUUGACAAGUAUACCGAGUUGGCAGGCUACGCCAAGGUGAUCGUGAAUAUGUCGUGUGCGGACAAAGAUGACAUGGACGUGGUCGUGCAGUUACGCAAGAUAGAUGCCCAGGGUAAGUUGCUGGAGCACCUCAACUACCCUUGCCCAGUUCCGUGCAGCGAGGUGGCCAACACCAAUGUGGCCAAGAUCAUCGACACCGAGGGAUACCUGCGGGCCUCUCACGCUGUGUCGCUGGACAAGAGCAGGACGCGCGGUGAUGGUCAGGAGGUUUUCUAUGCCCACGACAGGCGCGAGCCUGUACCUGCAGGGACGGUGGCAUGCCUCGAGAUUACGUUCUGGCCAACCGGCAUGGUCUUUGAGAAGGGCGAGGGCCUCAUGCUGCGGAUUUCGGGGCACGAAAUGGCUUACCCUGAGGUUGAGCACAUUAGGCUUACCGAGCCGGAUGAUGAAAACGUGGGCCUGCACUCUGUAUACACUGAAGGACAGUAUAAGUCGUCUUUGACCAUACCUAUCAUUUAA